GAAACUGACGUUACGUCUCAGCCUCGGUGAUGGCAAGUGACAGAGGGUGAGGAAAACGAGGCUAAACUUUUUCUGCUACUAGUUGCGGUUGGUUGUUUAUAUGCUUGACAACAACGGUAUCGUCACAUUAUUUUACUUUGAAUGUAAGACAGCGUUAUUGUCGGUUGAGUGAGAAUUUACCGUCUUCCGCGUGAGGCUAACUAACGUUAAAGUCGUGAACGGUGGUCUGUCGGUCACGAAGUAGCUGAAUCACACCGAAGUUUGUUCGACUUCAAGUUAGUUAAAUACGUAGAGACGCCGAAGAAAAGAAGCUAUGACCAACAGAGAAGACGAAUAUGACUAUCUUUUUAAAGUGGUGCUGAUUGGAGAUUCAGGCGUGGGGAAGAGCAACCUACUGUCUCGCUUCACCCGAAAUGAGUUCAACCUGGAGAGCAAGAGCACCAUUGGGGUGGAGUUUGCUACGCGCAGCAUCCAGGUAGAAGGCAAGACCAUCAAGGCUCAGAUCUGGGACACAGCGGGACAGGAGCGAUACCGAGCUAUCACUUCUGCGUACUACCGUGGAGCAGUUGGAGCUCUCUUGGUUUAUGACAUUGCCAAGCACCUGACUUAUGAAAAUGCUGAGCGCUGGCUGAAGGAGCUGCAGGACCACGCAGACAGCAACAUAGUUAUCAUGCUAGUGGGAAACAAAAGUGAUCUACGCCACUUAAGAGCGGUGCCAACAGAGGAGGCCAAGGCCCUUGCAGAGAAGCAUGGCUUGUCUUUCCUGGAGACAUCAGCGUUAGACUCCUCUAAUGUGGAGCUGGCUUUCCAGACUAUUCUCUCAGCCAUCUACAACAUCGUAUCUCAGAGGCAGAUGUCAGGGCGAAGCGACUCGGACUUCUCACCAGCCUCCAACGUAGUGCCCAUCACGGUUGAGCCCACCCAAAACUCAGCCACUAAGGGUGUCUGCUGCCAGAGCAACUGAGACCUUACCACUGACCUCCUCCUUCACCUCCAGGCAUUUGGAGAAACAACCAGAUAGACAGAGUCAGGCAGGGAGAAAGGAGAGACAGGUAGAGAUAACCAUUUCACACAAGGACACUUGUACAGGGGUUGAUUUGUCUAUUGUCUGGUUAAGAAAACUUAAUACAGUUGAAGAGGGAGACCGGUGAACAAGGGAUCGUAAAGAAGGGGGGGAAGAAAAUGGGUGUGAUGCACCAUACCCAGUGCAUUAAGCUUUUUGAAAGAGGUCACAUUCAGAACUGCUUUACAAUCUAAUGAAAAAUGUAACACAUUAUGUGGUCCCUUUUGUAUCAUCACGAUUUCUGUCUUUGAAAGCAGUCCUCUAUUUUGAAAGCUCUAUUUUACAAGCCAGUAAAUGCUUUCUCUCAGUUUUCCACCACCAGGAUAUUGGACAAUAAAAAUCCACAUCCAAAAGACUGAACUGCUACCCCUCUGUGGCCACCAUCAUUCCCAUUUUCCCUAAAUGUAUAAUAUUCAGAAAAUAACAUCCCUUACUAUAUUUAUUGAACACUAGAUUAAUGUCUUGUUUGGCCAAAGGGUUUGCAAUUAAACACUAUUUGGAUUAGUUUUCCACACUUCAUUGCUUUGCAGCAAAGGUAGCGCUUGCCCAAAAUCAUAUAUUUAUGUGAAGGAGCUUGUAAGGGCAACUACCCCUCACUAAUGGAGAAACAAAGUCUUCAAGUCAUGUUUCCUAAACGCACAUGCUGGAAUUUGGUCGAAGUUGGUUGGUUCAAGUUGUCUUCCACCGGGCCACAAAGAGCAAUAACAUCGCUCCCUACCAGUGACAUGUAAUUUCUUUUUGAUUGCUUUUGAUCUUUGUUUGGAAGGCUUUCCUGCUCUGAGCACACUUGGUACUCAACAGAUGAGUCAUGCUCUUGCAGCUAUCCCAUCUCAUUUAGAGUUAACGCUUUGCAAAGCUUGCAUUACUAGAUAAUGGGUUAACUGCAUCACAAGUCGGUUGGGUGGCAGUAUCGUCUCUUUUGAUGCCUGUUUCACCUCUGCCCUGAACCUUUGGGUGAAGUGGGAGAGAUUAGGGAAUUGGUUUAUAUGCAUGGGCAACCUUGUGCUGCUGCUGCUUGCUGGGAUAGAUAGAUGGAUAAUGUUUCAGGGGAUGAGGUAGUGAGGGCACUCAGCCCUGCCCUGCUCCUGUGGUCUCUGAUGCACCCGAGAUGGCUUGUUUUACUGUAAGUGAAAUCCUCCACUGCCUGCUACCUACUCCUCUCUGUCUCUCUCUACACUGUAUGUAACUGGAACAGGACUCUGGCUUCUGGGAUCUCCCUGAGGUCUGCCCUCGCUCUCACUUGUCUGUAUUUCCUGUGAAGGGGGCGGCGGUUGUAUUCAGGAGCCAGGAUUGGGUUUGUUAGGAUCUAAUAGUUUAAUAGAUGAGGAAAAGGUGAAAGGAUGGUAGUGUUAGAGGGGCCUAAUUAUUUCCAAAGGUUAUGCUCACAGAUGGUGUUUAUCUUGGUUUAUGUUUCCACUUCAACACUGUCUUAAACUGGGUGGUGUAGGUUAGGGCUUUUUAAACAUUUAUUCUAAUAUAUGUAUAUUUGGACUGCAUAUGUAUAAAUAAAUCUCAUUUGUUAUAGUCUG